AUGAGGCUUUCGCCGUCAAACCUCCUGCCUAUGGCAGGAUUCUCAACAGAUUGGAUAAGACGGUUCGCGACUGGAAUUUAGGGAACCUCCCUCCUUUCGAUCAGCUGCCGACAACGGAAGAUGCUGAGGUGGAUCCAAGAGCCCUCAUCCAAUCUCUAUCAACCACCGCUCUACGAGAGAUUGCUUUGAUGUAUCUUCAUCGUCGAUACUUUGUCGAGGCCCUGACCAAGCGAUCCAACGAGCCGCUGCGUAGCAAGUACGCAAUGAGUGUAUUAGCAGUUCAUCGUAGCGCGACUACACUACUUCAAGGCAUCUUGCGUUCGGUCUGUGCGGCGGAACGAAUCUUUGCAACCAUGUCCUUUAUGUGGGUUCAUGCCUUGUAG